AUGUCCUCUACUUCUGCUUCUGCUUCUGCGACAACAACGUACUCAUUCAGCUACACCACCUUCACCAACCCGACUCCCGUUGCCUUUACGAAACCCACCGAGUUCCCUACCAUCUUCUCCUUCGGUAGCGCAGUCGGCUGCUCCUCCAACACUGCCUCGGCCACUGCCUCAGCGCUCCCCUCAAACGCACCUCUCCUCAACCCUACCGGCCGCGAGGCCGCCUGCGUUAUCAGCAACGAUGCCGAAGUCAACGACCACGCCUUCUGGGACCUCUACGCAUGUUGCAAAGGGGGCGACAUGACCGCCAUGGGCGACCCAAUGCUGUGCACUGCACAGUGCAAGCCCAAAGACGGACAGACAUGGGAGGAUCUCGGCGACUGUCUGAGCAAGAGGGUCGAGGUCGUGGUGUGCAAGCCCGACCAGGCUGAAAUCGCAACCGGUGCGCCACAACAAGCCAGUGAAUCGGCAGCCCAGUCCACGGCUUCUGCGAGCGGAACUCAAAGUGCUAGUGCAAGUAGCAGUGGCCCGGCUGAAGCCAGUGGAUCGAGCGCUGCGACGAGCAUGCAUGCUGUGCAGGCGACUACUUCAAAGGCAGGACUUGUCAUCUUCGGUCUUGUGGCACUGGGUUCUGCUAUGGGCAUGUUCUUGUAG